AUGGCUGCAACCAAAAGCAAACAAGGUUUUGUAUGUUCUGCUCAUGUGAGUCUGGGAAUCAGGAACUCUCAACUUGUUCAGUGUGCAUGGAAUGGAGGUGGUACACCUCAAACUCAAAGUCAUGCAUCAGCUCACAUGUGUCCCCAUUGCCACAUCAUCGAGAGCGGAAAAAUCUCUCAGCUGAAAAUUGAUGCAAAACGUCCGGAGUUGGAUAUGUUUGUGAAGCUUCUAUCAGAUGCUGAUAACCUAUGUGUGGAGAUUGAGGAAAAGGUUUUAAUUGGUGAAAUCAAAUCGUUGAGAAAGCUGUGGCAUACAAAGAUUGUAGAAUUUUCCUUGGCUUCUCUAGGCAAUGACCCAAGUGUUGUUUUUUCUAAACUGUCCACUGCUUUAAAGGCAGUAGAGUUCGAGCAUCUAAAUUAUUACAACCCUCCUCCUCCUCCUCCUCACAAAACACCAGAUCCGCCGCCUACUAAAAGAGGGUGUGGCUAUAAAUGUCGUUCCUUUGGAAGAUUAUUUGUGGAAGAGACUUACGGAAAUAAAGGAAAUUGGUUUGCAGUGGGCGUUGAAGGCCAAAGAGGCGAGAAUUUGGCUGUGCACUUUGACAACGAGCUCAAGUUAUUACGAGAACGCAGUAUGCUUUACUGCAUCUGUAGGAAGCCGUAUGAUCGGAUACCAAUGAUUUGUUGUGAUAAAUGUGAAGAAUGGUAUCACUUCAAGUGCAUCAACUUAUCAUGGGUACCAAAGGAUUACAUUUGCCCUGCAUGCAAGAUCGAUCUACUCGAUGAGAUUGAGAUUGAGAUUGAGAUUGAGAUUGAGAUUGAGGAGGAUAAUAGAUGUAUGGGUACCUCAUCAUCAAUAAUCCAACAAGACAGGUCAAAUGUUAAACUGAAAUGUGAAGAAGAGCUUCAGACCCCGUCUCCAAGACCAGUGGAGUUGAGAAGGGAGGCAGAGAGCAAGGACUUUAGUAGCAGGCGACGCAGUGGAAUCGAACGCUUGUUAUGGAGAAACAGAAAGCCUUUUACAAGAUCAGCUAAAAAACAUUUUUUCUUCAUUUUUUCAUGUACAUUCUUAAUAAUUAAUUAA